CGUGACCGGGCCAAGAUGGCGUCGCCCAGGGCCGUGCGGCUGCUGGCGCUGCUUCUCCUGUCCUGGUCCUGUGCGGCCGCGCGGCGCCGCGAAUCGCCGGCGCCUCUCCCGCUGGUGAUCUGGCAUGGGAUGGGGGAUAGCUGCUGCAAUCCACUAAGCAUGGGUGCUAUUAAAAAAAUGGUGGAAGAGAAAAUACCAGGAAUCUACGUCUUAUCAUUAAAGAUCGGGAAGACAGUGAUGGAGGACAUGGAGAACAGCUUCUUCAUGAAUGUCAACUCUCAAGUCUCCACAGUGUGUCAGGCUCUUGCUAAGGACCCCAAAUUACAGCAAGGCUACAACGCCAUGGGAUUCUCCCAGGGAGGCCAGUUCCUGAGGGCGGUCGCGCAGAGAUGCCCCUCCCCGCCCAUGAUCAACCUCAUCUCAGUGGGGGGACAACAUCAAGGUGUUUUUGGACUCCCUCGGUGCCCCGGAGAGAGCUCCCACAUCUGUGACUUGAUCAGAAAAACCCUAAAUGCUGGGGCUUAUUCUAAAGCCGUCCAGGAACGCCUGGUGCAAGCAGAAUACUGGCACGACCCCAUCAAGGAGGAUGUGUACCGCAAUAACAGCAUCUUCUUGGCAGAUAUUAACCAGGAGAGAGAAGUCAACGAGUCCUACCGGAAAAACCUGAUGGCCCUGAAGAAAUUUGUGUUGGUGAAAUUCCUCAAUGACUCUGUGGUGGACCCUGUGGAUUCUGAGUGGUUCGGCUUCUACAAAAGUGGACAAGCCAAGGAGACGAUCCACUUACAGGAGACCGCUCUAUACAAACAGGACCGCCUGGGGCUAAAGAAAAUGGAGCAAGCAGGACAGCUCGUGUUUCUGGCUGUGGAAGGGGAUCAUCUACAACUGCCUAAAGACUGGUUUUAUCAACACAUUAUACCUUUCCUUGAGUGAUACCCUGGUGCUUGGCUCCAGAGCUCAGGGAGCCCCAAGCGCAUCCAAACCAGUGAGACAGUUCCCUUCAUACCUCAGCUCCGAUCCAGUUUGCAAUUAAUUUUCUCUGGAGUCAUCCACUAACCUGCCCUGCUUGGAAAGAUCUGAGAUACUUAUCUUAUCCUUUACCUCAUCCUAUCAGCAGAUGGUGUUGAAUUCAAGUUUAAUGAGUUGAAACCUAUGGAGAUUAUCUUACAGCCCUUGGAUGUAGUGAAGUUGUCUAGGAAAUAGUCUGCUCCAAGUCAGUGUCAGAACUAUGCCCGGGCUCAGAAGUCUGAACAAAACUCAAGUAAUGAGAGGCUCAGUGCAAAUACAACCACGCUUCAAACCAAGGGAAAGCGCACACAGGCCUGAGUUAUGUACAUUGAUGGGCUUUUGCUGGGUGAGAUUUCCAGUGCUUGGAUAUUUUUGCAGUUUCUGGAGGCUGCCCUCCUGAAUUUACUGCUUUCUGGAGUCUUGCUUGCCUUGGUAGUACUUAGUCUCUUCACAGAGCACUGAAUUAGUUGUUCACCAAGGAGGAAGUAGCACCUAGUUGGAUUGCUUAAUGAAGGGGAAGUAGAUGCUUGCUUAACUAGGGGUGAAGAAUCAUGCACAAGUAGAAAUGAAAAGGUCAUUGUUUCUUUUCCUUCCAUCCUUGAUUAAUCCAGCUUAUCUUACUAUGACUAAUGGAUUAGAUCAGAGGUUCCCAAACUUAUCAGAAAACUGCUCAGUGCUCCCCUGGAAAUCUGCCUUUUCAAUGGAACAAACAGAAAGUGCCCCCAGGUUGCAUUCAAAGCUACUAAUGCCUCUGUCAGUUGUUCCAGUGGCCCCUGGGGAGGCAUUGUCACCCACUUUGGGGAAAAACUAAUCUAGAUUCCUGAGUGUCUAUUGUUGAUGAGAGAAGAAACUGAGGGGGGAUGUGAAGAUAUCUGAUUUUCUAAUUCUCAUCCCCUCAAAUCAUAUUUUCUGGUGUAAGGCAAAUUUUGAUAUGUUCUGUGAGAGGAAAAAAUGCUUAUUUAAAAAACCUGGGAGAUGUCUGCAAGUCAUCUUCUCCCUUUGACAAUCCCCCAUGUUGUAACCCCCAAGGUCAGAGGACUGAGUUUCUGUCACAGUAGAUAAAACCCAACUGAACAUUUCCUACACUAUCUGCACGUGCAUAUCACACUCCCACACCAUGCAAGCAUUUCUGUCAACACUAAUGGGAGGCUGUUCUGCACAAUGCCAGUCUGGGACAAUGAUUAGCUCUGCUUUGCUGUGUUUUCCCUUCAUUUUUCUUUCACCCCUCUCAAGUCAUAUUUCCAACUAAAAGAUUAUGGACAAAAAGUAAGAGGAAGUCAAAAUGAGGUCUACAAUAAAGUAUAGUUUCGUACCACUGUUUUCUUCCCCCACCUCCAUGUUUUUACAUCUUUGUAUAGCAAAUAAAGGUAAAUACAAAGCA